CCACUUCAUCAGCACCUGUUUAACCUAUAUGGGGAACAAACGUAGCUUACACAGCUUUGAAAUUCUCAAAAUUGAAUUGAUUAUAUUGAAAUAGAAGGCUUUGGCUUUAAAAAAAUGUUGAUAUAUAGAAAAUUUAACCAAAUGUUGAAGACUGUUCAUUGGGAAGUUAAAGAUUCAUGUGUAUGUAUAUUAUAUUUUAAUACAUUUUAUAUUCAUUUUUGUACAUAAGGAGUGUCUUGAGAUUUUCAAUCUCAAGAAAUCAAAGAACUGCUGAAGGCAAGCAUGAUAAAGAUUCUGUACUGAAGUUGUGUGCCCCUUAUAGACCCUUAUGGAAAAGGAUUAUAUUGAAAUAAAAUAUAUUAACAAGAUAUGGACCGAUAUUGCAACACUUUAAAAUUUUUCAAUUUUUGCAUUAGAAAUUAUUGAAGUUAUUGACUUGUCAGGCCAAUGUCUAGUUAUUUUUCCUAUCCUUUGGUUUUCACUAUGUUGUAAACCUAUUUCCAUGCGCAUUGCCAGUUCAUUCUUACAUUGCAUGGGUCCUGUUCUUGUUCAUAACGCUACAGAAUUAUAGCAGCAUAUUACACUUCCAUGUUUGGUAUUAACUGAGCAGUUUUGCUUUCAUUGGUUGCUGCCCAUUGAAUGACGGAGGCUGGUAAACACUUGAGUCACAUGUAUGUAAUAGCGCAAGAGCACUCACGUGAAUUCAAAUGUGUCAGCCUGGGACCACAGUUGAAAGAAACCUGAGCAUUGAAGCUUUGAACAUUGACAGGAGUGUUUCCUGGAAAACAUGGACAUUGUGUUCCUAGCAUUCUUUUUGCUAACUGCAUUUGAAGGAGUGAUUGCUCAGGUGCAGCUGGAACCAAAAACAUCUGCGGUCCUUCGUGGAACAGAUGCCAGGUUUAACUGCAGCCUGAGUCAAUCUAACUGGGUGGCCAUGACGUGGUCAUUGAAUAGCAGCGUUGUGCUGACUAUCUCCAAAAUGUUUGGUGUCCUCGAGAACAGUGACCGCUACACUGCUUUCAAUUACACGACUGACCAGAGCCACAAGUGGGAGUUUGUCCUAAGGAACACGCAAUGGAAUGAAUCCGGUGUUGUGACCUGUGACGUCCAAAAUAUUGACCGCAAAAUGGCCUCUUUGUCUGUACAAGAGAGCGGGACUGUGACCAUCACUAGUGGGAAUGUGACCGCCAAGCGGAAUCAGCCAGUCACAAUUCGCUGCCUCGCCCGCGGCUGGUUCCCAGAACCCGAUCUGACGUGGACAUUGGGUGGAAUAUCUGUCAAUCGGGACAAGUACAACACCAGCACCGAGGCCUUGGGAGGGCUGUUCAACUCAGCCAGCACACUGACGCUCCUGGCCAACGACAGUGCUCCUGUGGAGUGCCGGGCCACGGUGCCUGCCUUGGCUGCGCCUCGAACGAGCACCAUUUUCCUGACGACCGUUGCAGAUACAGCUGAGAAGGACCAGACCGUGUUAAUAGCGACCGUUGUAUCGGUUGUUGCCGUCGCGUUGUUGGUGUUGCUCAUUAUUGGAAUCAUUUUCUGCUACAAAAGAAGAAAAGUUACAAAAUCCAGCUACGAGGAGGAAGUAAGGAGAACAAGAUCUCUGAGUGAGAGGAAUGCAUCUGAGGUUGUGCAGGGGAAGGAUAACAUGGCAUACUUGCCAGAUGGUAGUAAACGGGCAGAUGUCGCCCCCAGCGAAUUCAACGACAGCGGCAUUGCCCGGACAAACUCGCACCACUCUCCAGAGAUGCCUGAUGUUCUUUACAACAGUAACCACACAGCCAAUGCGUACGACCCCGCCCCUGACCAUGGAACUCUCGGGAGCAAGAAACACAGACAUGCCACCAUUGUGUAAAAGAAUUCUGCAAAACAGGAAUGUGAUGUGCUUUGUAUUCACUCCUAUUAAUGUGACUGAUGUAACUGAAAAGGACACUUCUCCAAUAGAAUAACUGAUUUGUGUAUUUUAAAGAAUGACUAUAUUGAGAUACGGAUGGUAUAGAAUAUAAAGAUGCAAAAAGUGACUUAGUCCUGUUCUGAAUAAGGAGUGAUGGGCGGAGCACUGCCUAAAUCAGUUGCUUGAUGUGUACAGUUUACGUGCUUCAUGAAUAUUUUAUAUUAAUUAAUAAUUUAAGUAAUUUAUUAGACAUUUACUAAAAACUGUAGGCAAUUUGUACUUCAGACAUUACUUUUGCAAUUUACCACAAGGUGGCAUAUAGGUUUUCAAAGAGCUCAAAUCAACACAUGCGGUGGUACUGUGAAAAAACUGUUCAGGAGAACAGACUUAUGCAGCUAUUCUGGAGCUCUCUGCAAUACAAUCUGAUAAUGCUUUUUUUAUUGAGUCAGCUUUCAUCCUGUGAGGCACCAAACAUGGUCGACUGUUUUUCAAAUAAUGGGAGCUCCAGAGCUUCAUGAAUCCUGAUGGUAAACUUAUUCUCCCCAGACAUGUCUCUACCCACACUAUGGACCAUAUCAUAAAACCAUUACCAGGAUCAAGGUCUGAUAGAACAGCGGGCAAUGCUCACUGCAUUGUCUUCUAAUGGAUAUAUAUAAAGGGUCCUUCAACUAUGUAUUCCUGAGGGCUUGCUUCAUUUUUAAUAUGCCGUAUGUGGGACAAAUAUUUUCCAUCUGCCUUUUAUAAAACAACGAUUGAAUGAGACAUAUACUCUAUAUGGCCAAAGGUAUGUGGACAACUGACAUCCAACAUCUCAUCCAAAAGUAUGGGCAUUGAUCUGGAGUUGGUCCACCCUUUGCUGCGAUAACAAUCUCCACCCUUCUGGGAAGGCUUUAUACUAGAUGUUGGAGCAUUGCUGCAGGGAUUAGCUUCCGUUCAGCCAGAAGAGCAUUAGUGAGGUCGAGCACUCGAUUAGGCCUGGCUUGCAGUUGGCUUUCCAGUUGAUCCCAAAGGUGUUGGAUGGGGUUGAAGUCAGGGCUCUGUACAGGCCAGUCAAGUUAUUCCAAACCAUUCUUGACGAAACCAUUUCUGUAUGGACCUCACCGUGUGCCCGGGGGCAUUGUCAUGCUGAAACAAGAAGGCUUCCCUAAACUGAUGGGGGAAGCACAGAAUCAUCUAGAAUGUGAUUGAAUGCUGUAGCAUAAAGAUUUGCCUUCAGUGGAACUACGGGGCCUAGCCCAAACCAUGAAAAACAGCCCCAGACCAAGGGGUGUCCAGAUACGUUUGGUCAUAUAGAGCAUGUAUGUAAACAAGUACAAAAAAGUAGAUGACUUCAAAAUAUGAAUGAUUAUUUAUUUAUUUAUAAUUCUUUCAAUAGCGGGAGGUUUACAGAUGCAGACCUUAUCAUUGUAAAAAGUUUAUAUUCAUUCACAUUUUGUUGGCAGUGUACCAUUGGUGUAAAAUAAAGCAGGGCUAAAUGAGAAUGAAGUUCAUUUAUAAGCCGUGUGAUCCUAAUAAUGAUUAAUAUAGCAUAUAAUAGCAAUGCACUGGUCUUUCCUCUUCUAUUGAACAAAAACAUGUAUAUACUGCACAUAAAAACACAUUAAAGAAUUUGAUUUUA